UUAGAUUUCACAGGUAUUAAGUGAUGAAGAUCUCUCUCCAGAAACAAGCCAGUUCCUAGAUGCAUUUCUGGAGGAGCUAGUAAUGUUUCCAAAAGAACAGACACUGCAAGAGAUAUUUCCACAGGUUUUGGAAGAUUGCCAGAGAGCAAACAUGACCGUUAUUGACACAGAUAACGCAGUAAAAGAACAUUCCCAUAAUAAUGAUCCAGAUCUCUCAUUGACAUCGUUAGGGAAGAUUUUCCUGGAAGUAUUCUCUGAACAGAGUGCAGUUCCGGGUGAAUUUGCAGUCAGUGAUUUGUUCAAACCUCCCAGUGACUCGGAGAGCCCUAAAAUGCUAAACCCCUUGCCUGACGUGUUAGAGUGUCAGGGUUAUGCCUUGCCCUUCAGUACUCUAGCAGAUGAGAAGAGCGAUGCCCUGCCAGCUGAGCUGCUGACAGCUCUCAACUCCUUCUCAGGAUCUGUCGCUCCUGGAGCACCAAGCCAGAGGCAGCUUAGUGCUGAGGAAGAGCAGCUAAACUCAGAACCCAGUGCUUCCCAGCUACAUGAUGACUAUACACAACUAACAAAUAUGUUUGAGCCUCAGCUUCCCACAGUUCAGGUGGAAGAAAUAAAAGCCAUAACAGGAUCUAACUUGCAGAGGACAAUGAAUGAGCAACUUGUGGGUGAUUGGCAGAGAGAGAAAGAAGUAAUUUCAAGCUACUGGUGUGGCAACUUUCAUGAAAAACCUACUGGGGAGGGAAUUUCCCAUUCAGUGGAGACCGAUUUGUGUGCACAAGCUACCAAAGCAACAUCAAGGAGAGCAAAGCAGUUAAGAGGGACCUCUUCAAGAAAAUGCACAGGUUGUGAUUCCCGUUGUCGCCAGAUACUGCAUAGGACUUCUCACAGUGGCAGCACAACAAGAAACAAAGCUAAGGAUUUUGAGUAUGAGAAAAUUAUGCAUAAUAUUCACCUUUUGAAUUAUUUUUCAGGACAAGAAGCCUCUAUUGGGAAUUCGGCAAAUCCUAUUUUACCCAUUCCACGGUGCAGAAUAAAUAGGAGGAAUAUUUUUGGAGAGACCUUGCUGCAUAAAGCUGUUACUGAUGAAGAUAUAGACCUUGUUUGUAAUAUAAUAAAAUCUGGUGCAAAUGUAAAUGUUUCGGAUUAUGGCUGGACUGCCCUACACAAAGCAAGCGUGGAAGGCCUUUAUAGGAUAGCAAAGGAGCUUUUGAAAGCAGGAGCUGAUGUUAAUGCUAGAGGAAGUAAAAAAAUAACACCAUUACAAGACGCAGUCAGAGAAGGUCAUUAUGAGUUGACAAAAUUAUUACUGUGGUAUGGAGCUGACCCUUUAUUGAAAAAUGAGAUGGGAAGAUGUGCAUUAGAAGAAGCUUCUGACCAGUCUAUGAGGAACCUACUUAAAAGCUACAUAGCAAAAUCUGGAAGAGGUUUAGAAGAGAUACCAGCUGCAGAGGAUGCCGAACGUAUGUUAAGUGCUCGUAGUUCAGACCAUACCGGCCUGCACCAGAUUUCUUUACAGGUAGAUGAGUCAGAAUCAGCAUGUGCAAAUCUUAGUGAUUCAGACAGCACAGAUAUAUCGCAGCAGACUACGGCAAAUGGGGUGCAAAACAUUUUUACAAAUAUAUCUGAAGAGGGAAUCUAUUGUACUCAACAAACAUUUCAAAUAACUCCAGAAACGCUGUUACCACAUGAACUCUUAGCAUCUACCAAUGGAGAAGGGUUUCUCACUGAAACACCUGAAAAUACCAUCAGUUCAGAGAUGAGGUCUACAGCUUUACAGCUCCCAGAAAAGGAAGCACUUCAAAGAAAAAAAGAGGAUCUUCAGAAGACCAACCAGAAAGCAGAUUUUCAUUUGGAUGAAGAAGUGUUUGCUGAAAGAACUGGAACAGAAGACACUGAAAAAAACAAAGAAGAAAGAAAUGCAGAGAGUGAUGUGCUCUCACAGUUUACUGAAACAGAGGCAAUCCAAACUAAAAGAGUAAAAUUAGACCCUCGGGAGACAAGCCAAAAGACAGAUUUGUGUUCCAGUGGCAGUAAAAGCAAGGUUUCAUUGAAUCAAUCACAGUUCAAACAAGGAUCAAAACAGAAAACAUCUAAGAAACCAGUUCGGACAAAGAAGAGAAAUGCAAAAGGAGAAAAUCAGCUACAUAUUGCUGCUAUCAGAGGAGAUUUGUCUUUGGUGAAAACUCUAAUAUCAGCUGGAAUUUGUGUCAAUGAAAAAGACAAUGCAGGCUGGACAGCACUUCAUGAAGCUUCUGUCAGGGGAUUUACUGAGGUGAUGUUAGAGUUGCUGAAAGCUGGUGCUAGUGUUAACUGCAGAAGUCUAGAUGGUGUUUUGCCAAUCCAUGACGCUGUUUCUGGCAACUAUUUGGAGGCAGUGAGAAUUCUACUGCAACAUGAAGCAAAUCCUCAUGAGAGAGAUGAUUCUGGUGAAAAUGCUCUGGAUAAAGCUCAUAAUGAUGAAAUGAGAGAACUGCUUGAGUCUUUCGGUGCUAUUGACUCUGGACAUUCCUUGGAAACUAUUGGGGUUGUAAAGAGGAAAUAUAAUCAUGCUACUACAUCAAGAAGAUCAAAGCUUAUUUGUAAUGACUACUGUAAAAAUGGUGAUGCAGCUUUGGUGCCACAAUAUGAGAAAUGCAGUCAUGAGUCUGAUGCUGCCAUACAAGAUACAGAACAGAAGCAAAAGGAACUGUUCCUACUUGAACUGAGAACUUCCAAAGAUGCAGAUGCAUAUAUCCAAAAACUGUCUCAGAUACAAGAUACUUUGAAUGAAAUGCUUUCAAAACAGAAAAAUGAAAGGGAUGCACUUGCUAAAAAAUACAGGGCUUCAGUGGAGUCCUUCAAAAAAGGAGCACUAAGAGAACAAUUAGUUAAGCUUGCUUCUAGGCAAAAAAGUCUGCUGAUUGUUGCCCAGAACCAGAAGGAAUUAGUCCAGAAAAUACAAAACUACAGAAAAGAAAAGCAAGUAUUUGCAGCACAUUCAAAGAAACAAAUCUCAGACGCACUUGUUUGCUAUGGAAAUAAUAAAGGACAAGAUUUAACUGCUGAUAAAGUGACAUGUCCCGAUGCGGUUACAUUUAGUACAGGGCCUGGUGCCAGCAUGCCUAAUGGAAACAGAGUAGAAACACAUCUCUCUUUAGAAAAUAGAUUUUCAGCUCAGGAAUGCAGCCAACAUCCAAACAGCUGUUUGACUGAGAGAGGAGCAAAUAAAGAAGCAAUUACAAGCGAAGAGGUUUCUGAUCAUUUUCAUGCAUCUGAAAGUGGGAUAAGAGAAUAUCCUCUCAACAUCAUGCCAAAGGUGACCAAUGUUGUAGAAGUGGUGACGUUACCUUCAGAACCUACUGUUUCCACUACUGAAACAAAACGCUUGCAGCAAAGAGACAUCGAUCAUGUAGUAACUGCAGAGCAAGGGAACAAGUCUGUAAAUCCCGCGUCAGUGACCAACACAUCAAACAUUUCAGAAGCCCGAAGCGCUGUUGUCAGUAACAAUAUCUGUCAGCCAAGCCGUGACUGCGCGCGAGUUCCUCCUGCUGAGGAUCCACUCCGAGGUGGAAAUAAGAAGGACACUUCCCAGCAGCAGCAAGCGUUUGCAUCAGCAUCCACAGACAACUUUCCUAAUGCUCUGCAGGAAGUGAUCUGUUGGAGCAGUGUUGACUCAUUUAAUGCCAACUCUGUGCUUACAAGUCUAGUAUCAAAUACAGAUUAUCCAAUAAACUUCAGCCAGAAAUCCUCACAGAGCGGUAUUAGUCAGCAGUGUGAACAAAAACAAUUGAAGUGCAGAGGAAAUAAUAAGAAAAAACUUCAGUUGAUUGAUCUGCUUCAGCUGGGAAGGAUUAAGCCAGGAGAAAAUGUUCUAGAAUUCAAACUUCAGGAAUUUAGUCAUAAAGCCACACUCUUGGAGAAUGGGAAGAUCAAAAUCAGUAACAGAAUAUUUCAGAAUCCGGUUCAGUGGGUUAAAGAAGUACUAGGAAAUGAUAUUUCAGUGACUUGGAAGUAUGUGUGGAAUAAGGUUACAUAUCUUGGUAUGCAGUUGUCAAAAUUUCUUGCUGAAGAACUGUCUGUUUCUAAUGACCUGGAAUUACCAUCACAACAGAGAGAGCCUGUGGGCUCACCUGUCCGGUUCAGCUCAUUAGAAAAUCCGAUGCAUUUUCUUCAAUUCAAUGAGAUAGUAAUAGUGCAUAAAGAUGAGUUUCUACCAUGUCAUAUAAUGGAAAAACACUGGAAUUUCUACAAAGAAUGUGAAGAUUUUGGAUUUUAA